ACAGAGUAAGGGGUGGAGAAGGAAAACCACGUUGUGUGGUACCUGUCGUCAAAAUGCGUAUAGAAAAAUGUUAUUUUUGUUCGUCAAAUAUUUGGCCCGGCCAUGGAAUGGUAUUUGUGCGAAAUGACUGCAAGAUUUUCAGGUUUUGUCGAUCUAAAUGCAAAAAUGCAUUUAAGAAGAAGAAGAACCCUCGUAAAACCAAAUGGACUAAGGCCUUCCGUAAGUCCUCAGGCAAAGACUUAGCCAUCGACCCGUCAUUCGAGUUUGAAAAGAGGAGAAACGUUCCCGUUAAGUACGAUCGGGAUUUGUGGCAGAAAUCUGUGGAAGCAAUGAAGAAGGUUGAAAUCAUCCGCUGUAGACGCCAAGCUUUGCAUAUCAACAAUCGUCACAGUAAAUCUAAGGAGGUGCAAAGAAGAAGUGACAAUUAUGAAGUCACCAAAAACAUGGGCUUGAUUCGCUCCCCAGCUGCUGGUUUGAAGCAGUUGGCAACCCAGUUGGAUGGAGAAAAAGACAUGUCAUUAGUAUCUUCCAAGUACAAGCAAAUGGAAUCAAGAGUUGUUGAAGAAGUUCAUAAUUCAGACAGAGAAAUGGAUGUAGAAUAGGAAUAAAACCUUUAAAUGGAAUGACAAAUACAUUUUUCCCGAUUCGACGUCAA